UUCAAUCUGUAUAUUAAUUGGCUUUUAAAGUUUUAUUAAAAUUUCGAAUGACGUCUGUUAAUGUUUUACAUAUAUCUCAAUCGGAAAUUGAAGAGCCUUUUAUUCCAGAAUAUUUACGAGGAACUGCCUUUGCUGAGCAAUAUGAAACGCGAUAUUUAUCUUUUUCACGUUAUGGUAGAAAUUUUGGCAUUGGUUCUGAUUUCUCUGAACUUCCAUCUUCAUGGAAUGAAGAUGAUAAAUGCAAUCUUUUGUCUUUGGCUGGUAAUGGCUUAGAAGUUAAAUUCGUAGGACCUGCUAAGGGCGUAGAGCAAGAUGCUGCUUCUGUAAGAGCAAACAAUCCUAUCCCAACACGAUGUGGUCUUUAUUAUUAUGAAAUUGAAAUUCUUUCUAAAGGCUAUGAAGGGCUUAUUGGGAUUGGAUUUUGUAAAUCUACUGUACCCUUAAACAGAUUACCUGGAUGGGAAUCAGACUCAUGGGGAUAUCAUGGUGAUGAUGGUCAUUCUUUUUGUUGUCAAGGAAUUGGCAAAGAAUAUGGACCGAAAUUUACUAAAGGAGAUAUUAUAGGCUGUGGCAUUAAUUUCUCUUCUGGAAUCGGGUUUUAUACAAAAAAUGGUGUUCAUCUUGGAAUAGCAUUUCGUGAUCUUAAAGGUACACUUUAUCCUUCUGUUGGCUUGAGAACUUUAGGCGAGCAUAUUCGAGCAAAUUUUGGAAAAAAGCCAUUUGUCUUUGAUAUUGAGCAAUAUAUGAGGAUGGAAAAAUUAAAAGCUUUUGAGAGUAUUAAUUCCUGGCCAUCCUCCGAAGAUAAAGAAUAUAAUGAAUCCAGUAUUUCUACUAUUGUAAAUAAUCUUGUGGCAUCCUAUCUCUCUCAUAAUGGAUAUAUGGAAUCUGCGAAAACUUUUAUUCAGGAUGUUGAAAAAAGGGAAAAGAUAUUUGCAAGUAUGGAUAAAGACUAUAUAUUGGAAUCUAUAGAUAUUGAUGAUAUAGAUUCUGUUAAUCGUCAACAUAUUAGAGUUGCUAUUUUAAAUGGUGAUAUAGAUCUUGCGUUAAAACUGACAAAUAUUUUUUAUCCUGGACUUUUAGAGACUAAUGAGUCUGUUUAUUUUAAAUUGAAAUGUCAUAAAUUUAUCGAGAUGAUGCGACAAUGUUCAGAGUCUGGAAAUGAAAAUGAUGAUGAAAUAAUGACAGAUAUUACGGGAGUUUAUAAUAAUGAUAAUGUGAGUUGUUUCGAUUCACUAGAAAAUUCAUCUUUUGAAUCUCGAAAUUCAAAAAAGAAAAAUACUAGGUUUUUACUUUCGAAAAUACUUGAAUAUGGACAACAGCUUCAAGAAGAUUAUAGAGAUGAUAAUAGAAGUGAUAUUCGGAAAACUUUAGAAGAUACAUUUAGUCUGCUUGCUUAUUCAAAUCCAAAAAAUAGUGCUGUAUCUUAUUUGUUAGAUGAAAAUGCUCGACAGAUAGUUGCUGAAGAAUUGAAUAAAGCUAUUUUAGUCUUUCUUGGGAAAUCGCCUAUAUCGCCUUUGGAAAGAUUAGUUCAAUACACUUCUGUAGUAAUAAGUGAACUUGGAAAAAAGGGAUCUAGUGAAUCUAGUUUCGUCAAUAUUCGUCGGGAUAUAUUAGGUAUUUAG